AUGGGAUGGGAUCUUGACCUUUAUAUUGUCACUUGCUGUCCUGUCACUGGGGUGUUUUCCCCUGGUUUUUAUGUGAAUGUGUAUUUUUGUUUUAGGGAACAGUUAAUGGAGUUACUUCAUAGCCGUGCAAGAAGGCGUUUCUCCAGAGGUUUGAAAAGAAAACCAAUGGCUCUCAUUAAGAAACUCCGUAAAGCCAAAAAAGAAGCCGAUCCACUUGAAAAACCUGAAGUUGUAAAAACUCAUCUUCGAGAUAUGAUCAUUGUUCCAGAAAUGGUUGGAUCUAUUGUGGGGGUGUAUAAUGGAAAGACUUUCAAUCAAGUUGAAAUUAAGCCUGAAAUGAUCGGCCAUUACCUGGGGGAAUUUAGCAUCACAUACAAACCAGUUAAGCAUGGAAGACCUGGUAUUGGUGCCACACAUUCAUCUCGAUUUAUUCCUCUUAAGUAAACUUUGGUUGCCUUCUGUAAUAUAACUGAAGAGAAAAUAAAGACCUUGAAAAAGAAAUUGCUUCUUGUUUAAUUUUAGUUUAACAUGGGGAUGAUUUAGAUAUUAAAGUGAUUGACUGUACCUAAAAUGAAUUAUUAUUUCCCUAAUUUGCUUUCAGUAUUAACAAUGAGAUAUAUUCAUAAUACAAUAAAAAUGCCAUAUUUAUAAAAGAUAUUGCUCAUAAUUGUUUACUGUUGAUAUUUUUAGUGAAUUAUAAUUCUGCCUGUUUCAAUAUUAGCAUGUGAUAUAUGCAAAAUAAUUUUGAAUUAGUGUGGUCAGCUCGAUGAUUUACUGUCAUUUAUUUAUAUAUUUACAGUGUAUUCUAACAGCAAUAUUUAUGCAUAAUUAUUAUUACAUAUAUUACAUCAAUAAAAGCCCAAAUAUCAUUUAUCCAACCUCUAAUUGUCUUUAAUAUUUAGAGCAUUUUCACUUGUUAAUAGAGAGAAUCUCUAGACUUAGCUAGUACUCGUGGAUAAAUAUUCAGUUUUUAAUGAUCAGAAAAUAAAACUAAUCUUAGAAUAACUGGUUUCUAACCAAACUAACCUUUCUGGCGAAGUACUGAUUUGUAUGCAGGGAAUGUAAAAGUGGCAAAAGGUUUAACCCAUACACUAGAACUAAUAGCAUCUUAUUCCAUAAGCUGUUUGCCCAAAUAAAUUGUUUUGUGUAGAACUUAGCCCAUCUUUUCCAAGUCCUAAAUUUGUGUUCUAUCAUAUGAUUUACUUAAAAAUACAGAAGUUUGUAUCAAGUUUUUAUCCUAUCCAUCUUCAGAAUAUACUUUGUAGAGUACCAAGGAUCGUAUGUUACCCUUUGUUUCUCAAGAUCUUAACUCUGUAGGAUAACCUUUCCAAAUCUGAAAUCAUCAGAACAGCUUUUCUCUGAGCUCUUCAACAAUUCCUGAAUUAUUAACUAAAUUAUGCAAGUUCAAACAUGGGUAACUUCUAAUGCAAUAAAAUCCAAUCAUUCCAAUACUAAACAUAGCCACAAUUUUUUAAAUGGCAAUUGUAAAGUAUAUGUAAUUGUAUACAAAUGUUUUAAUCUACCUAUGAAAAACAACUAACACUUUUUUAUCUAUGAUUUUUUUAAACAACUUGUCAUAUGAUCAAAGCUCUAUGAAUGUUAUUCAUUCAGAAGAAUACUUGGAGUUUAGCACAGAAACAAAUGUUUCUUAAAUAGAUUUUGUAAAAAAACGUUCUUAGACUAAACUGCACAACGUGUAAUAAAUAUAAAAAAAAAGAGCCAUCAAUGUUCAGAUACUGUCACCAUUGUUUUAAAAGUUCAAAGUUAGAGGAUGUGUAGAUAGUGAUCCAAUUGCAAGAAGGAUUAUUUAAAGCAUCCCAAAUAGAAUUUAAAAUAAUGUCACAUGAAAUUCAUUAUAAAAGAAAUUACUUUGAAAUCUAGUGUCACUGUAGGAUAAUUUGAUAUAAAUUUUAGCCGUUAUAACAGUGGCAAUGAUGAUUACCUUCCACAACAUUCGCGGUUUCCACCAGAAGGGUUUAACCCUAAAGAUGGUAUUGCCUGCUGGAUGUCUGAGCCACAAUAACUAUUACAGUAAGUAAUGAUUAAAUUUCAUUAACGUUUUUGUAAACAAUUUUGCAGGAAAUAAAGGUUUUUCUAUUGUUUU